AUGUGCCUUUCAUCACAAACUGUUGUUUGUUCUUGUUCGACGUCGUCAAUGGCUUCAUCAUUAACAACAACAGCGAAAGACAAUUUAAUACCUAAUAAUAUUGAAACAGAUUUUUCUACUGAAGAUAUACUUGUCGAUAAAAACUCUAUGCCUGAAGAUGAUCCUAAUGGUAACACUUUACAUGAUGCUCAUGAAAUACGUUGGGGACCUCAACAUGCCGGUGCAAAAUUACUCGCCAGUCAAUAUACGAACGAGAAACGUUUACAAGAAUUAAUCUCAAUUCUAUUAUGUAUUAUAUUAAUGAUGUACAAUUUUUUCUUUAUCUGCCGUUAUUUCGAUGUUAGAAAUUCGUAUCUCAUCAUUCCUGCAGCCUUAUUAGGAAUUUUAACAGCUGAUUUAGCAUCAGGUAUUGUACAUUGGGGUGCUGAUACAUGGGGUUCAGUGGAUAUGCCAUUUAUUGGAAGAAAUUUUUUACGUCCAUUUCGAGAACAUCAUAUUGAUCCAACAUCCAUCACACGUCAUGAUUUUGUUGAAACAAAUGGUGACAAUUUUGCAGUUACUGUUCCAUAUCUUUUAUAUAUGGCUUAUAAAUUUACAUACUUAUCUGAUACUGAUAUAAGACGUACAUAUAACUUUGAAGUUUAUAUGUUUCUUCUUGCUAUUUUUGUUUCUAUGACAAAUCAGUUCCAUAAAUGGUCACAUACUUAUUUUGGUCUACCUUCCUAUAUUGUUUUCUUACAAAAUUAUCAUGUUAUUCUUCCUCGAAAACAUCAUCGGUUACAUCAUGUUGUACCCCAUGACACAUAUUUUUGUAUUACAACUGGAUGGCUUAAUUGGCCACUUGAAAUGAUUAAAUUUUGGUCGUUGCUGGAAAUAAUUGUAGAAAAAUAUACUGCAGCCAAACCUCGUUCAGAUGAUUUUGCUUGGGCGCAAAAGACAGAACAAGUUCAUUAUGAAUAA